AUGAAUGAGGUCGUUACAUUGGCAGAAAUUUUGCCAGUCGAGGAUGUCUUCGAGUCAGAUAUGAACAGCCGGAAUCGAUCACAGUUACAGUGCUCGACUUUGAUCGAGGCUUCGACUCAGUUCUACGUCGUUGGCAAAUACCGAGAGAUUGAGACGAGUCCAAACGAAGCGUUCUUUUGGUGUCGUGGUAUACCACUCCCAGGACGUCUUCGGUGUAUCGAGAUGCAGGUACAGCAGGCUGUUACCCGAAUAUACCUCGAUCCAGCACAGCCACCCACAAAACGCAUUCCAUUUCGCCAGAUUCGCGGUGUGCCAUUUGUGCGCAAUGUCUCGAUUUGUAUGCCUUCUCGUGUCUACGAUCGGCUCUACAGCAAAGAGCGAUCUCACCAUGGCUCAUCGUCUGGCUCAAGCAAGCUCGGCCACGAGGUCACGUACCACAAAAUCAUCUCGACACUCAAAGAUAUUCUUUCGGACUACAACCUCCGAACAGGAAAUUAUAUCAUGCUCGCUCAGCCAUAUCCAUCCUCAGGUUCGACAACUCUAAGUGCUAAUUCGACAACGAUGCGACUCAACUGUGGCAGACUAAUUAUCGAGAUGCCGUACGAGGUCUAUCAACGAUCAGGUCUUACAUCUCCCCACCACGUAAGUCAGGUAGCGGGUGGAGGACGGAAGCACGACAAGCGAAGCGCGAGGUAUAAAGUCGAGAUUGACUUGAGACAGACGAGUAUGGUCAAAGGUAAGAAGAGCUUAGACAGGCUGGUACGAACUAGCGAGCAGGUUGAUGGGUUGAGGGAGGGCAGAGUGUGGUUAGUGGCCGACCUCAACAAAGGCGAAGAUAAGCAGGGCAAGAAGCGAAAACGAGGGGACAAGGACGAUGACCAAGCAAGGGCAGACGACGGUAAUACCACCUCAAACACGACAACUGUGCCCGACACUCAUACCAAACCAGAACCUGACGACGAAAAACAUCUAUUACUGACAUACCAUCCGACCACGAUCACAGACUCAGGCACAUUAACCAUACAAAAAGAUGUGUUAGUCCCCUCAGUACUCAGCAACCAUUCCUUCCUCAGCACACUCUCCCACAUAGCUACUCCAGCAGACAGAGCUAGCCUACCGACCGUUCUCGAAGACGAUAUCCACGAAAUAUCCGAAUACCUCUCCCUGCUCUUCUUACAAUCCCCACGAAUCACGAAACAGGAGUAUGGAAAGGUCGACCCGUAUAUCUGUCGAUAUUCACUGCCAGAUGCUGGGACAUGUGUCGACCAGGCUACGGCAGAGCAGGAGGAAGAUGUAUUAGUCGAAGACGUGCGGAUGAUCAGCUAUUCUGGACUUAUAUCUUCGGAUUUUGUGACGCAGCUCGUUGUCGAUUUGAUUCGACGAUCUCGUGUUGAAGACGAGAAGGGCAUUGAGGGACCAUCUACUUUCCUGCAGGACGAAAGUUCAUGGGCAGCUGUGCAAGUCAACGCACAUCCGACAGAGGUCAGAGGUGGAACAAAUGGGUAUACUAUCCUGCUGCAGUCCGGCACCGCGCAAGAGAUUGCUGUCGAACAGGUAGAUCAGGACACUGGGGACAGAAGAGCUCCAGUCGACGCUAUGGACGUUGAUCAGAGCCAACAAGACACGACUCAAAGCAAACACGAGAAGAACAAGGAAUUCAAGUACGUGACUUGCUUCGAGUUCGUGGAUUCAGCAAUUCACUAA